AUGUCCGGUUCACCCCAACCAACUCAAUCGGCCAAGCGGCCUCUCGAGGAGACGUCCUCUUCCUCGGUUGGCGACCAGCCCGAGGCCAAGCGCCCGGCCCUUGACAAGGUCAUCAAAGAUCAAGAGGUGGAGAUUCGCGAGCCUAUCAACAGCAGCAGUAACGGUCAGGCUGCUUCGACUGCGCCGGCCACCACUUCGGAGGCGAACGGAACGACCAAGGCCAAUGGUGACAAAUCUGACUCUAAGGACUCUCAGGGCGACACCGUGGUUCCGGAUGCCCCGGAGACCAAGCCUAUUUCGAGCACCGCGAGUGGCAGCAAUACACAGGCUCAGUCAAACCCCCCCCCUGCUGCCCAUGAUGAGACCUCUUGGAUUCACAUCCGUGCCGUUAUCUCUAGCCCCGAGGCGGCCACUAUCAUCGGCAAGGGUGGUGAGAAUGUCACCAAGAUUCGUCAGAUGUCUGGCGCUAGAUGCACCGUCAGCGAUUACCAGAAGGGCGCUGUCGAGCGCAUCUUGACCGUCAGCGGCAUUGUUGAUGCGGUUGCAAAGGCCUUCGGUUUGAUUAUCCGGACGCUGAAUAACGAGCCGCUGAAUGAGCCAUCCAACCAGCACUCCAAGACGUACCCACUUCGUCUCCUUAUCCCUCACGUUCUGAUCGGCUCCAUCAUCGGCAAGGGCGGCGCUCGCAUCAAGGAGAUUCAGGAAGCUUCUGGCGCUCGUCUUAACGCCUCUGACUCAUGCCUGCCCCUGUCCACAGAGCGCUCGCUUGUUGUCAUGGGUGUGGCUGACGCCGUUCACAUCGCCACCUACUAUGUUGGCAGCACUCUUCUCGAACAGUUGAAUGAGCGUUUUGGCGGCGCGGCUGCAUCGGCUUAUGCCACGCGCAGCGGUGGCCCGGUUGGCGCUGUUCCUGGUGGUAUGCAGGUGAUCCCUUAUAAUCCCCAGCCCGCUGGUGGCCACUAUGGCAACAGGGACGCCUAUUACCGUGCUCGUCCGGACCCUCGGGCUCAUCACAUGCCUCCUCCGCCCUAUGCACAGCCGUACGGCCACCCUGCCCACCCCGUUCAUCCUGCUGCCGCCAUGCCGAUGCACUACGGAGCCACCCCCGCUGCCGGCUACGGACCUGCUCCCCAUGUUCAGCCUCCUCACGUCGGCCAUCCUGCUGCUCAUCCCCAUGUUGGCCCCCAUGGGCAGCCUGUGGCUGGUGCACACAUGCCCGGUCAGACAAUUACUCAGCAGAUCUACAUUCCCAAUGACAUGGUCGGAGCUAUCAUCGGAAAGGGCGGCCAGAAGAUCAACGAGAUUCGCCAGAUCAGUGGGAGCGUGAUUAAGAUUAAUGAGCCACAGGACAACAGCAACGAGCGUCUCGUUACGAUCACUGGCACAGAGGAGUGCAAUAGGAUGGCUCUCUAUAUGCUCUACUCUCGGCUUGAAAACGAGAAGCACCGAAUCUAA